CGUAAACAUGAAACUGUUUUCAAACUUUAUAAAAAAAGAUGGAAUUAUUUUCAAAACAAUAAUAUUGUAUUAAAAAUAAAGAAUUUCAAUAAUAUUUGCGUAUAGCGUUGUUCAGUAUACAUGUGCAUUAAAAAUGAGUGACAUCAAUGCAAUACGUAAUACAUGUGGUUGUAAAUGCACAAAACUGACAAGAGUCGGAAUAGCCUAUAUUUGUAGGUUCAGUACUGGUCUGUUGCUGAACAUCCUCAGUUCACUUGCCGCCCGUUACUACAACAGUGAAAUAACUGAUAAAUACGGUAGCGUCUUUCCAUACUUCAUAGGUGGCUUUGUCACAGGAAUAGCGAUGACAUUUUUCGAUUUUGUCAAUUGUGGUAUUUGGAACGAUUUCUAUCAUGGAACUGCUACCUCUAAACAGAAAGCUCACUGGGGACGUUCAGGCACAGUUAUUAGCGUAGUCUCUGCAAUAUCCGGUAUGGCCGGUUCAAUAAUAUGCGGUAUAUUUGGAAUUGCGUCACCAUACGAAUGCCGGAAAUAUAUAAGUUACCCACAUACUCGAAAAUGUACCGAGGCAGAAUAUCAGAUGACCAAAACAUACGAACUUGCGAUCAUUCUUGUGGCUGUGCUUUUGUUCAGUAUUAUUGUGAACACAAUAUACGUUUGUCAGCCAGAUCCUUUCCAAAGUAGUGAUUCCAGCAAAUGCGAUAACAGAAGUGAUGGUUCCCAUUCACUGCAACACGAGACUUUAGUACAAACUAGCAUAAAUAGUCCGGUACCUGCCAGCGCUGAUAGUUCUUCCGGUUUUGCGUUGAGUACAGGUCAUAGGCAACCGGAACAAUUUCAAGAAUAUGCUUUAUCUCCUGAACAUCAUAGACCGACGGCGCAAAGAAACUACAGUAGCCAGGUACCAGUCAGUCACCAUGGUUCUUCUGGUCUUGUAUUAAAUACUCGCCACGGACAACCGGAACCAUUUGCUGGUGCUGUUCUGUCCACAAGAUGCAUGCACCGACCAACGAAUAAUCAUGAAUCAUCAGGUUUUGUUCUGAAUACUCGCCAUGGACCACCGGAAACAUUUCCCGGAGAAAUUCUAUACUCAAGUAAUGAAGGGCCAAUAAGUGGUGAACCUUCAGGAUUUGUACUGAAUACCCGCCAUGGACAACCGGAACCAUUUGCCGGAGCAAUUCUGACUUCAGGUGCACAGGAACAGGUUUCGGUUAGUGAUUUAGUAUUAGAACUUCAAGAACAAAAUAGACUGCUUCGAGAACAAUUAGCGAUUCAACAAAGGCAGCAUGGGGUGUCUACAGAAGAGACCGUGGUACCCAGUGCACCAGUAUCAGAAUCUCCGCCUAGUUAUGAGUCACUUAAUAUGUCCUCACGAUAAAAUUGUGUUAUAUUAUUUGCCUUUAAAAAGCAUUGUCUAUUAUCAAUGGAUUUUAUGUCAAAAUGAUGGAAAUAAACUGUAGGUUUAAUUUGACUUGACUUGAGGUGCAGGCAUAAGUCGCUCUCUACUGGUUAUGUUGACAAGUCGCUGUAGGUACUGGCGUCUUAUCGUUGAAUUAUGUAAUCUAGAUUUACAGAAUAAUUGAUUCAUGUGAAAGAAAAGUAACUAAGAUAUUCAUUUUGUACAUAAUAUGCCUUUUAUAUGUUAAACAGUUAUUCGUUGUUAAACUGGGUCUACUUAAAACGUUUAAGAUUUAUUUGCUUUUUUAAAAUUUUACUGCGUUUAUAAUUUAUAAGAAUAUGCACAACAUUUUAUAUUUUUACACUACGUUGUGUAGCUUGUUUGUUGGUAACAAAAUUAAAUAUAUUUCAAAAUAUAAAAUCACAGAUAUUAA